UAGCCAUCUACGCUAGGCUAGGAUUUAAUAAUACCAAGCUGUUCGCUUAAUGUCUGUUCAGGCUUUGUUCUAAAAUGCAAUUUGUCAUGUUAAGGAAUAAUGUUGUAAUGUGUAUAAUAAGCGUAAUUAUACAUAUUUAAUACAGCUUUACCAAUUUAGCUUUGUGUAAAUGCAAAGCUGUCGGUUUUCUGGGGUGUAUUCACUGUAACCGCACAUUUCUGUCAUUUGGAGUUUAGGAAUAAUGUAUUGAUAAUAUCACUGUGGCUUUAGAAACUAGUUGACUAGAAAUGUUAUAAUUAACUACUAAGGUCUGGUUGAUCAGCGAUACUGCAGAUCAUCGACGAUACCUUUAGUAUUGUAAAUUACCGUUAUCGGUCAGUGAAUCGGCUUUAUCAAGCGCUAUGUCGAAGGUGGAGCGUCUGAACGCUCGGGUCAGUAAGCUGCUGGAGGCGGCGGUACAGGAGGUUCUGGAGGUGGUAAGGGAGACCGUGUCCGAAUUUCAGGAGAAAACCGCUCGGACGCAGAGAGAGAACGAGAGACUGCGGCGGAGAUUACAGGAGCUACAAAACAAAUCCUGCAGGAAUGAAGCAGAACGGGCCGUCAACACGAGCAACUAUGAGGAGAAAAUAACUCAGACUGAUUCAGUAAUCACUACGCAGGACACAGAAUUAAAGCAGGAUUUGGAAAGUGACCGUAAUAUCAGGUCUCGAAACGGCACAGACGGACUCUAUCCACAAAUAAGCGCUGUUGUUUCUCACUCCCUGCUCUCCUCUCAACCUCAAGCCGAACAUUUAGAUCCAAAAGUGGAACCCACAGCGCCAGGAUUCAUCGUCACAGCGGGGGAUUCAGGACGUGAGUGCAAGGUAUCGGACUACGUUUCCCACAAGGCACCAUCUCCAAGACGGACAGACUGUGUGGUUACAAAUGCAGCUUCAGACCUAAAGAAUGUAAAUGUUUUAAGAUUAAAUCCACCCAGUUUUACUGCUAAUGCCAUCAAAACAGAAACAGAAAUCGAUGAGUUUGGUGAAUACGUAUCGCAGGAAGUCAUGUCCAGUCAUGCUGCGACGGGAUUGAACCAAACCGAGCCGAUGCUAGCGCAACCCAUGCAGGCCAUCUGUGCGAUUCUUCCCUUUGAUGUAAACGUGCCAUUAGAGAGACUCGCCUCAGAGGACGCGGCCAGAAUCGGGGCAGUUCUGGACGGAGCGGCGCAGAGACACGAUUCUCUGAACGGUUUAACAUACCAGAGACGAUUACGAGGAGAAAAACGCUUCUGCUGCACGUUCUGCGACCGCAAGUUCAGCCACUCGGGCGACUUUAAAAAGCACCGGCGUGUUCACACCGGAGAGAAGCCGUAUUUUUGUACGUUAUGCGGCAAGCGCUUCAGCCAGUCUGGGUACCUGAAGAUCCAUCAGCGGCAUCACACGGGCGAGAAGCCGUACGCUUGUGGUGCGUGCGGAAAACGCUUCAGCCAUUCCAGCAACUUUAGAAAACACCAGCAGACUCAUUUUACCUUUUAAAAAUGAACAGAGUGUGAGACAUGACACACACUCCACUGUGGAGCAUGAUCACGUCUCCCCCGAGACCCUCCACACAUCUGACAAGGCGAAGCUGACUACCCCCCAGGCUCCUUAUUGCAGAAGGUCCUCAAGAAGCUUGAAAUUGAUGGAACUUUCCUGUUUACAAUGUAAAGUUCAUCAAGUACUAAAAUAAAGGUGUUUUAAUGAG